UUCCGUGUUGAACGAGAGAGAAGUAAUUGAUAGUAAGGUAAAAGAAACAAGGCGAUAGCGUCUGAACCCAAAGCCCAUAAUGACAGAUGUAAAACCGUGUAAAGUGUGCAAUUUCACACGACAGAAAUCAUACGGAGUAGUUGUUCCCUCAUUGGAGGAGCUAAAGAAAAAAGGACACGAGUUUCUUGGGUUCAGCCCCGGUGACCCAGUCACAGUGGUCUUAGAAAAUGAUGGGACGAUAGUGGAGGAUCAAGCCUACUUUUUGUGUUUACCCUCAAACACUAAGUUCAUGCUCUUGCAUGACAAGGAGAGAUGGGUUCCAGUUCGCAGAAUUGAUGGUGGCACGGCUUGGAUGACGAGGGAGUCUGUGGUGCUGGACACUGAUACUGUGGACAGUACUGUACCACCCUGGUCAGACCUGGCUCAGCAGCUGAAGCAGGAUUUGACCAGUGUCAUUCUUAUGUCUGAAGCAGAUCUACAGAUCUUAGUAGAUGCGCCAUGUUCUGAACUGGCCUCUGCUUUGGGCUUCCAAGAGAAAAAGGCUCAGAACCUUCAGGAGACUUUGCAGAAGGUUUUGGACCGAAGGGAGGAGGUGAGGCAGUCCAAAGAACUGCUCCAGCUUUAUCUCAAAGCUGUGGAGAAAGAAGAACAAAUGCAAGGGGAACCAAGCCAGCUCGUCCAGGAAGGUGCUGGACAUUUGGAUUUGCCGGAUGGAAUGGAGGUGGACUCUGCAUCUGGAAUCAUGUCCAGGACAUUGAUGGUCCUGAAAGGAAAAACAAGCCCAGAGACCAGGCUUUCCACUGAGGAUCUGCAGAUGGUGGUUACCAGAGGGGUGGAUGCCAUGCAGCAAGUGCUGGGGUGGGACUCGGUGAGGACAUCUGUGUUGCUGCAGGCAUGUGAAACUGAACUGUCCACACGUCUCAAGCAGAUUCAGGCCAUGCAAUCCAUCAGCACCACACAGCUGGACAGCAGCAGACAGUCGGAAGUGACGAGCGAAGAGGAGGAUGCAGAAACGCCAGCCCAAGAAAGCACCUAGAAUGAGACUCUACCUGAGCAGAGACUGAUAAGAAUUCAUACUACCUGCCUCAGGGUCAGUAGAAUGAGCCUUGCCUCAUGUUAAUGUUUAUGCCUGUACUACUGGAAUACAUGAAUGUUAACGAUGUUGACAUUUGCGUCACUUUGUAAAAUUUGCAAAUUACUUGAAUGCUUUAUGGCUCAGGAAGAAGUAUGGUGAGUCAUGCUUUUUCAAAGAUAUGAUGACAUUAACCACUUGCAUCUACUUUCUGGUGGCUUAUUUUAGAUGAGUGUAAUGUGAUGAUGACUAAAGAGGAAUAGGUUCAUGUGAAACUUAGAGACUAAUCUGUUUAGCUUAGCAUUGAGACCAGAAAGAGUGAACAGCUAGCCUGGCUCUGUCUAAAGGUAACACAAUCUGCAACCCAACAUAAAUUAACAAAUAAAUAUUUUUGUAGUUUCUCUCCUUGUUCACUUUAUGGCAAAACAGUUGUAAUACUUGUAAAAAAAAGAAAAAAACCCUGUGUCCCUCAUAACUGCAGUCCACUGCUUGCCUUUCUGCAUAUUUAUCAGCCAGUGAGCUUUAGGACAGAGUUUAUUUUUUAGCAUUUGAAUAAAGUCAGACUAGCUGUUUUUCUAUGUUUCAGUCCUUUUCUGAGCUUGGCUGUCUGCAUUUAGCUUCCUGUUUAGCAGACAGAUAUGAAAGUGAUGUCAGUUUUCUCAUAAAUUUAGGCAAGAACACGUAAAGGAUGCGGAACAAGUUCUUCAGGUAUUUAUUGAGACUGCUACUCCUUUAAUUGACUGCAGUAUUAUUGCUUUAUUUUUCUAUUUUUUGCUGUCCCUCAAACACUCCCAGUAAAGAAUAAAGAUGGAAGAUGCACACUAUAUUUUAUUAGAUGCAAUGCUUAAAUAAAGAAAACUGAUAAGUA